AUGUAUGAAACUGAAAACCCAGAUACCUUACUUCCGACAUUGGCGUAUGCUGACAAGAGUACAGAUCGGCAUGGCCAACCCAAGUACAUUGCCCUUCUUGAUUCACUUGUGGCACCUAAAGACCCCUUUCUAUUAUUUAUGAAAGGUGUGAUUCUCCGUAAGCUUCACAAGCGGAUUGAGGCUAUGGAUUGCCUCUUAUCAAGUGUACGUGCCUUCCCCUACAAUUGGAGCGCGUGGAAAGAACUCAGUCGGACGCUGAACUUGAAUACAGCGGAACGUGAUCAAAUAUUGGAUCUUUUACCCAAUUCUUUUAUGAGCGCCUUCUUUAUGGAGUACUCCCAGCGCCAGUCCACACAAGUGGAUGCGGUACACUUUGAACGACUUGAUGCCUUAUUAGCACAUUUCCCUCGUUCAGCAUAUUUAUUAACCAGCCGUGCCCAGUCUCUUUAUCUGCACCAGGAAUUGGAAGAAGCGGCCGAUACAUUCCAGCAAGCUAUGGCAUUACAGCCUUAUCGCUUGGAAGGGAUCAGUGAAUAUUCUAAUACAUUAUAUGUUCUAGAUCAAGCUGAUACUCUUGCACAGCUUGUUCAGCAAUUUUCUCACAUAUCCAACAGUGCUGAAGUAUGGUGCAUGCGGGGCAAUUUUUACAAUCAGCGCAGUGAACACUUUCGUGCUGUGGAGUCGUUCAAGCAAGCACUACGACUGGACCGUGAGUGUGUAGCGGCUUGGAUUUUGCUCGGACACGAGUAUUUGGAACUGAAGAACAGUCAUGCUGCUGCAGAAAUGUAUCGACGUGCGAUUGAAAUCAAUCCACACGACUACCGUCCUUGGCACGGGUUGGGCCAAGUCUAUGAGCUGAAUGAAGCAUGGUCAUCAGCCAUUGACUAUUAUCAGCACUGUGCAAUGAUUCGGCCAUACGAUGCGCGUAUGUGGGCAUCUCUAGGUGUGUGUUACGACAGGCUGGGUCGCAAUGCUCAGUCAAUUGAGUGCUUCAAGCGUCACUUGACGUGCCCUUUGACACAUCUUGAAUCUGUGGAAGCCAUUGCUCGUAUCAUAGAGCUGUAUGAGCGUGAGGGUGAUACAGUGCAUUCCACUAUAUACCAUUGCUUGCUUGUGCAGGUGAUCGAACGUGCCGCAUCUCAACUGGAUUCUGGAUUAUUGGCCCGUUUUGUCUUCAGUUACGUCAUUGCGGCACGUUGGGAAAUGGGGGAGCUUAAUGGUAAGCUCUAUCUAUCGCAUGCAGAAAAACGAUUAGGCCGAUAUGCUAUACCUGAUGCGCAGCAAGGCGAUCUCGAUCGUGCGCGUAAUUAUUUGCAAAAAGUGCUUACAGCCGGGACUGAUAUGACCCCAGUGGCCGAAGAACUCCUCCUCAAGAUUCGCACGUGA